UCAGGUCUCGACGUGUUGUUCUCUCACGAUUAUUUCAAUCGUGAGUUUUCACUAAUGGACCAAAACAAAAAAACUCCACCAAAAAUUACCCCUGCACCCCUCCACUCAAUUUCAUGAUUAAUGCACAAUAAUCUAGCAUUUGACGUGAACUGUUCACUCAGUGAAAAAAAUAUAUAUAAUAUGCCAUCGAUUGAUUGACGCAUUGAUUUUAAAUUCAAGCAAAUUCCACGGGAUGAAACAAAUCCGAUUGAAUGAAAAGAGAUAGUGAAGCCUAUCGCGUUCAAACGAAUUUAGGAGCAAGUGAAUAUCAAACGUGGGAUCAACCGAGUGGGUAAUUUCUAGAUGCAGUGAAUGUCGUUUAUUUUUUUUUUUUUAAAGAACCAAUACAUAUGCAUCAGUGUUCCAAACCACGUUGGUACACUCCCCGUGUUCGUUUAUUGAAUAACCAAUUGAUAAUCCCGCCACAUGCGCACAACACUGUGAAUUCGGUUGCGCGAUGCAUGCGCAAAGUUUUCAGUGUUAGCGGUGGGUUAAGAGAAACUAGUGAAAUUUAAUUGCAACUGGAUUCACAUAAUUAAACGGGAACGUAUAAAUUUUAUUCAAACCCCUGAGAGUUUGAUUUGAACGUAGAUUAAGGGGUUGAGAAUAAACUAGACGUAUUGAACUGAUUCAACUGAGAUAGAAUUUUGAAAUAGUGAGGUUUAAACCGAUUCUGUAUUUUUCUCACACAUGUCAACGUCUCAUUCACAUUUUUAUUAUUUUGCCUAGGUAAAUGUGCACCAGCCAAUGGAAAAUCCCAGGUGAUCGUCCGGGAUAUCGCGAGUGAUCAAAAAUCAAUCAUUUACAUUUAUCUACAUGGAGCGACAGUAGUUUUUGAUGGAUCGCACCGUGCUCCACUCUCGAACAACCAAUAAAUCACUUGAUUUUCGGGGGUUAUUCAGGAAGAGGGAAACAAGUGAAAAGAAAAAAAUCGGAAAUAACGUUGGGGUAUUGACUGUCACUGAAUCCGUGGGGACGCACACGGCAAAAUCAACGUCGAUCAAUUUACACAGUUGAACAGGCAGGGACAAAAGGGAGAUAACGAAUGUUGGAGAGACAUUACAGUCAAAUCAAAUGUUCAUCAGUGAGAUAUUUAGUUUUUGAUUUGUUGUUUAAAUUCGGGGAAUCACCGGGCAAAUGUGAAGAAUGAGAUGAGAGGGUCGUAGCAGCAGUUGGAAGAGCCCUCGGUGGCAAUUAGUGGGGUUCAUCAUGCCAAACAAUUCACAUACAAGUCUCAGGCGACAGUGAGAGCUUGACCGAGAGAAUAACUGGAGAAUCCCGGCUCUUGUGUUUGUGUGACAAGUAUAUGUGAUAGUGCGGGUGAAAAGUGGUGGGGCAAAAUGAGGUGGUGCAUAGCGGUGAUUUACCUAUUGGGGGUUGUUGGUGGUCGGGGACAGGAGUUGCAGGAUUUGGACAAGCCUGUGCCUAUCGCUGAUGUUUAUGGCGUGGCUGGACAUAAAGUGCAGCUACCGUGCGACAUUCUGACGAGAAGAAACGAUCGAGUUGACAUGGUACUCUGGUUUAAGGGCGAGGGUGGUCCACCCAUUUACACAUUCGAUGUACGCCAUAAGCAGUUCAACAAUGCUGAAUUAUGGUCAUCGCCCCGGGUUCUCGGCCAAAGGGCAUACUUCAUGACUGCCACACAUCCGGCUCACCUCAGCAUUGAUAAACUUGAGACUGCUGAUGCUGGAUUGUAUCGAUGUCGAGUAGAUUACAGCAAUUCACCCACUGCCAUGCAUCACGUUAAUCUCGUCGUCAUAGUUCCACCGGAAAAACCGAUAAUCCGGGAUCAGUCUUCUGGCAAUAUAUCUCACAUGGAGGAAACGUACAACGAAGGAAGUGAUGUGACACUCAUCUGUGAAGUUCGAGGUGGCCGACCUCCACCUCGAUUAACCUGGUACUACGAAAAUAAUGUUUAUGAUCUGUCGUACGAGUACAACAGUACCACUGGCAUUACAACGAAUUUCCUCUAUUAUCCUAACAUUGGACGACAGCAUAUUAAAACUAGGCUUGUGUGCCAGGCCAACAACACCAAUCUCGUGCCACCUCUCACCAAGCUCGUGAUCCUCGAUGUUAACAUGAAACCGUUGCUAGUGAAGAUCAUCACAAAAGAGGCUAAGGUAUCAUCGGGCAAGACAUACGCUGUUGAAUGCAGAUCAUGGGGUUCAAAGCCCCCGGCUGUGAUGAGCUGGUGGAAGGACAGCAAGAAAAUAACGGAAAUUAUUCAAAACUAUCAACCGGAGAACAAUCAGAGCAUCAGCAUCCUCGAAUUCGUGCCAAGCAUCGAGGACGACGGCAAGUACCUGACUUGCCGUGCUGAGAAUCCAUCGAUUCCCGACAGUAUUGUGGAGGAUAAAUGGAGACUAGACGUGCAGCAUCAGCCGGUGGUCAGCCUCAGAAUGGGUGUUACACUGAAUCCAAAUGGUAUCAAGGAAGGCGAUGACGUUUAUUUUGAAUGCAUUGUUAAGGCUAAUCCGAGGGUUUAUAAACUGGCGUGGUUCAAGGACGACAAAGAAUUGAAGAACAACGCAACCGCAGGAAUACUCCUGAGUGAUCACUCGCUGGUUCUCCAGGGUAUAACUCGAGGAGCAGCUGGUGAUUACAAAUGCCUUGCGGCCAACAGCGAAGGAAAAACAGCCGGCAAUACAGUUAAACUGGAAGUGAUGUACGUUCCAGUAUGCAAAGAAGGAAAAAGUGAAGUUAUAGUUGGUGCACUGAAACAGGAGACAAUAUCCUUGAUAUGCGCUGUGGAGAGUCACCCAGAGCCCCUGACAUUCCAAUGGACCUUCAAUAAUUCCGGUGAACUUGUUGAUCUACCGCAUCCCCGCACUCACGCAUCUGGUGCGCCAAAUAGCCAGAGUCCAGGUGAAAGUUUGAGGGAAUAUCAGCAGUAUCAUGGGCCAAAGCUCAACUAUACACCAUCGACGGAUAAAGACUACGGAACAUUGGCCUGCCGAGCAACCAACGAGCUGGGCAGACAACUCACGCCCUGUCUUUUCCAGGUAAUAUCAGCCGGUAGACCCCAUGCAUUGCACAAUUGCACAGCAGCUGAAAUGUCGAAUACAAUCGAGAUUGAUGAUUACAUUGGUAAAUCAGGGUCAGGGUUAACUGUUCACUGUUUGGAGGAUUAUCAGGGUGGUCUACCCACCCAGAGUUAUCAGCUUGAAGUUGUUGGUGAAGAGGACGAUGGAGAGAUACUUUUAAAUAGAACAGUGCCAGCUGGACCGAAUGGACCCGUCUUUGAGGUCGCUGGCCUCACCGCUGGCAGAAGUUAUCGAUUGUUUCUAUAUGCAGUUAAUAGCAAGGGUAGAAGUGAACCGACGAUACUCGAGCCUGUCACUCUGAAGGGUGUCGCCAUGUACACCACUGGUAAUACGAAUGCAUCGUUGCUGAGUCCGCUGUUGCUGGGUCUUGCUGCAAUUGCAACGUUACUUGCACUAGCGGUCGCUGGAAUUCUCGCUGCUCUAUACAGGAAACACUCCGGUGGUAGAUCCGGAAGUCCCAAGCAUGCACCAAUCGUCUGUGAGGCACCAAAUACUGGUGCAACUACACCCGUUCAUCCGGCCAACAAGCAGUCGGUUGAUGACAUUGAUCCGGAUAUCAUCCCCAAUGAGUAUGAGCGAAGACCCUUGACGUAUAACCCAGUCUACAAAACGCCACCUCAACGACGGAGGAAAGAACGUGAUAUGGAUGAUGGUACGUCGCUCGAGAAGAAGCCCAUUGUCGAAUCAAGUAUGGACAUGCAUUCUGAUCAGGAUGUGAGGCUGAUGGAUGGAUCGUUAUCGCCCACGAUAAACUAUCCGCAGAAUCAUGUGCAUCAGAAUACUUACAGUCAGGCACCCACAAUGGCCGACUUCAAGCAGAUGGCGAUGGACGCUUACAAUCAGAGGAAUCAUCAAAAUGUAUAUUACAGCUUGCAGAGGUCGAGCAAGGGAUUGGGUCCAAUAUCCCAGAGGCCGGUGUCCUCAUCCCUCUCGGCGCACGGAAAGUUUCACCAACCGGAAGUGGUCACACGCUCGAAUCGAAUACAGGAGAGUUGUAUAUGAAGAACACACACCGAGAAGAACGGACUAGGCACGAUGGUGUAGAGGUUCCACCCCCCGUGAAUGUGAGCCCUGGUGUUAUUUCACUGUGUAUUUUAUUAUUUUUUUUCUCCUUCUCUUUCUCAUCCACUGUUGAAGUGGGGCAUUCACGCGUACCCCGUCGUACACACGCGUACGAUCGAGAAAAAAUGUUUUUGCGGACCAGUGGCCUGCGUCAAGAGA